AUGUCAGAUUCUGAACCUGCUGCAAAACGACUCUCCCUUGGCUCUAAACGCUCUUUGUCUUCUAUAAUAGCGUCUGUAUCUCCUACUCCAUUGGGCAAAAAAAAUGCAUCCAGAAAAAUAUCAAAGAAUAAUUUUAAGUCCCCAUUAAAUCUCGUGCAAAAAGACCCAGGAAUUAAAGCCAUGAUCGAAAAACAGCAACAAUUAGAAAAGGAUAUAGAGAAUACGAAGGACAAUAUUCGAAAGAUUAAAUUAUUAUUGGCUUAUCAAGAAAAGCAAACUUCAUUUCUUGAAGAUGCAGGAUUUUCAAAUUCUUGGAAUGCAAAUUGGGGAUGGGAAGAAGGGGACGAGCAACAACGAAGAUGUAAUUCAGAUCAAGAUGAUGAGAAUUACUGUGAACAACCAGACGAUGUAGAACAGAAAGACACGAUGAAAUAUAUGCUUAAGAAAAUGGGAAUUGAUCUUGAUCUGAUCAAGUGGAAUGAAGAUGAUGAAUGUUUCGAGGAUUGA